AUGAACAACGAGCAACCCGCGUCCAACCAAGAAUCACAGCGAGAACAGAUAAAGCCCUCACUGCCUACGAUCAAUUUUCCAGAAGCUGAACACCCGAGAGUGAGUGUACCAAAGGGCGUAGCGGGUGGGUUUGCAGGCAUCAACGCGCGAACGCGAGAGAAAGCAGCGGCUAAAUUGCCGCCGAGUCUGCGCGCGAAACUAGAGGAGAAUGCACGCCUCUCGUCAUUAGGAUCACCGACAGGUACAUCAGGCUCGGCCACGGUCAUGGGUCACGCGGAGAAAAUUGAUCCUUCCUUACUAAUGCCCAAGGGUCCUGUGCCAAGACCUGUGAUGCCACCAGCACGACCGCGGCCCAAUUUGCGGCUCAGCGAUAUGGGCGCUCUGCAAGCGCGCGCUGGUGCUGAGGGAGCUAAGAACCUGAACCGCGCUGGACCGUCGAAUCGACCGAACUUGUCGCUCGGAAUGCUGCCUGAAGCAGCGAAGCCCGAUACGCCAUUUGGCAGUUUCAGCAAAAUCGUGGAUCCAUCCGGCCGCCUUGUAUUCGAUGGGAAGGCCGUGUUGCAUGCAUCAGGGGUCGAAUUCAAAAACGGCACGACCUUCAACAUCAAUAUGGACGAGCUGGAGUUGCUGGAGCAGCUGGGUCAUGGGAACUAUGGCACCGUGACACGCGUGCGUCACACACGCACAGGCGUGGAGAUGGCCAUGAAGGAGAUUCGUUUGGAGCUCGAUGAGGCGAAGCUGAAUGCGAUCAUCAUGGAGCUGGAUAUCCUUCAUCGGGCCAUUGCACCGCAGAUCGUCGAAUUUUACGGCGCUUUCUUCGUCGAGUCAUGUGUGUACUACUGCAUGGAGUUUAUGGAUAUCGGGAGUCUCGAAAAGCUCACUACUGGACGCCAUUGCGUCGUACCUGAAGAUGUGCUGGCCCACAUUACUCUAAACACGGUCAAGGGUCUGAGCUUCCUGAAAGACGAGUUGCAGAUUAUUCAUCGCGAUGUGAAGCCGACGAACAUUCUGAUCAACUCGCGGGGAGAGGUAAAGCUUUGUGACUUUGGGGUAUCUGGGCAGCUGGAAAAAAGUCUGGCAAAGACCAAUAUUGGUUGCCAGAGCUACAUGGCACCAGAGCGGAUCAAAGGGGAUCCACGCAGCAUGAUGAAUACAUAUACGGUUGCAUCAGACAUUUGGUCGCUGGGCGUUUCUCUUGUGGAAAUCACCAUGGGUACAUACCCAUACCCACCUGAGACAUUUACGAAUGUAUUCGCACAGCUUCAGGCCAUAGUUGAGGGUGCGCCACCGCGGCUGCCCACACCGUCUUCUGAGCCCAUCACCGUCACGAUGCCGAACGGCACGACUGUGGACCUCGAGCUGGGCACAUGUGAAUACUCAGCCCGGGCGUGUGACUUUGUUGCGCAAUGCCUUUGCAAGAUACCCGAGCAGCGACCAACAUAUGCCCAACUUCUCGAGCACCCAUUCCUCACCCACGUUCCAGAUGUCGAUAUGGCCGCUUGGGCCGCGCAUGCACAUGCCACGCGCCGAGUGCCUGCUAAGGACGAGCAUGCCGCACCGCCUGUACCACCAUCGUAA